GUUACAAAGCAGAUUUCGGUAACAAUGUCUCUGCUCGUUCUGCUUCUUCAGCUUCUUUUGUCAUGGUCAAGGCCAAUAAUGGCGAUAUCAUCAACAGUGUCAGUGGCUAAACCCGGCUGCAAAGAUAAAUGUGGCACUAUCAGUGUUCCAUACCCUUUCGGCUUCGGAGAAGCAAACUGUUACAGAGAAAGCUUCGACCUUACCUGCAACAGCACAUCCUUCGACCCUCCCAAGCUGUUCCUAGGAACAAAUGGUACCGUGGAAGUUAUAGACAUAUCACCACUGGGCAGUUUGCGGGUCAGAAACUUUGUAGGUUACGAUUGUUACAAUCGUUCGGGGGGUCAUAGCCGGAACCGUCCUUGGAUGGAUCUGAAAAUGAAACCCUAUUCUUUCUCUGAUGUUCACAACAGAUUCACAUCCAUAGGCUGUGACAUCUAUACCUACAUAUCAGGUUCUAAGGGCCGCAACUUCACAAGCGGAUGCUCCAUGGUUUGCAGCGACCAACAGAGCUUGGUGAAUGGAUCUUGUUCAGGCAUCGGUUGUUGCCAGACAUCCAUCCCAAAGGGAUUCAAGGAGUACGAUGUCGAGGUCCAUAGCUUCCAUAACCACACCCGAGUCAUGGAUUACAAUCCAUGCAGCUAUGGUUUCUUGGUUGACGCCGAGUGGUACAAAUUCUCAGUAGGAGAUCUGUUCGGCUAUAUGGAUUUCUACAAUAGAAAUGAUGAAAAGGUUCCAGUGGUCCUUGAUUGGGCAAUUGAGAACUAUACCUGUGAAAAUGUUUCAAGAAGUGAUCCCUCUUAUGCAUGUGGUAAGAACAGCGAUUGCUAUAACUCCCCCAACGGUCUCGGAUAUCUCUGCAACUGUUCUCAAGGCUACCAUGGAAAUCCUUACCUGGAAGACGGAUGCCAAGAUGUAGACGAAUGUGCUGGUGCACAUAUGAAUGACUGCAAGAUGAUUUGCACUAAUACGCCUGGGAGUUACAACUGCUCCUGCCCUCCUGGUAUGGAAGGGGAUGGAAGAAAAACUGGAACGGGUUGCACUGCUCUUCCAUCUUCACUGAUGCAAAUCGCCUUAGGAACUGGUUUUGGGAUCUUGCUUCUACUAUUUCUUAGCUCCUGGUUAUACUGGGGAAUCCAGAAGAGAAAGCAGAACAAACGCAAAGAGAAAUUCUUUGAGCAAAAUGGUGGUUUUCUGCUGAGGCAACAACUUUCUUCACGUAAUGGAGGUGUAGAUGCUGCAAAGAUAUUUAGCGAGGAAGAUCUCAAAAGGGCAACCAACUAUUUUGAUGAGAGUCGAAUCCUAGGACGCGGUGGUUACGGUACAGUUUACAAAGGAAUUUUACCCAAUAAUAAGACAGUUGCCAUUAAGAAGUCCAAGAUAAUGGAUGAAAGCCAAGUUGAGCAAUUCAUCAAUGAGGUGAUCAUCCUUUCUCAAAUUAACCAUAAAAAUGUGGUGAAGCUUUUGGGUUGUUGUUUAGAGUCUGAAAUUCCAUUAUUGGUUUAUGAAUUUAUUACAAAUGGAACCUUAUUCCAACAUAUUCAUGAUGAGGAACACAAAUCUUCAAUUUCAUGGGACAAUCGUCUGAGGAUAGCUACAGAAACUGCAACAGCACUUGCCUAUCUGCACUCUGCGGCCUCUCCUCCUAUCAUUCAUAGAGAUAUUAAAUCUGCUAAUAUACUUUUGGAUGAUAAUUACAUGGCAAAGGUAUCAGAUUUUGGAGCUUCAAGGUUAGUACCAUUGGACCAAACUCAAUUCACAACGUUAGUACAGGGGACAUUGGGGUACCUAGACCCAGAAUAUUUUCAUACAAGCCAAUUGACAGACAAGAGUGAUGUUUAUAGCUUUGGUAUAGUUCUUGUGGAAUUACUAACUGGAAGAAAAGCACUCGAAUUUGAUAGACCUGAAAAAGAGAGGAACCUCGCUAUCCAUUUUAUUACUUCACUGAAAGAAGACAACGUUUUAGAGCUUUUGGAAGAUAGAGUGUUGCAUGAAGCCAGCAAGGAUCAAAUCCAAGAAGUCACAAACCUUGUAAAGAGAUGCCUAAGCGUGAAGGGAGAGGAAAGACCCACAAUGAAGGAAGUAGCAAUGGAACUAGAGGGGCGGAUCAGGAGCAUUGUUCAACAUCCAUGGGUAGAACCUAACCAUGAAGAUGCAGAGUAUUUGCUUGCUGAGCCAUCAAAUCCACAUAAUUGCAACACCACAGAAUACGAUAGUUUGAGGAAUCAUGUUGUUAUUUCAUUAGACAGUGGAUUUCCAGAAGAAUUCUUGCUGCGUUAUUUACUUCUCGGUGUCCUCGACUGGGCAAUAGAGAAGUAUACGUGUGAAAAUGUUCCGAGAAGCGACCCCUCUUAUGCUUGCCGGAAUAACAGCGAAUGCUUCAACUCUCCCAAUGGCCUCGGAUAUCUCUGCAAAUGUUCUCCUGGCUAUCACGGCAAUCCUUAUCUGGAUGACGGAUGCCAAGAUGUAAAUGAAUGCGCCGAUGAAGCUAAGAAUGAGUGCAAGGCUCCUUUAGCGAUUUGCACUAAUAUGCCUGGGAGUUAUACCUGCUCCUGCCCAUCAGGUUGGGAGGGAGACGGAAGAAAAAAUGGAACUGGUUGCACUGCCCUUCAAAAUAAGCGAUCUUCGGUGAUGCAAAUUGCCUUAGGAACUAGCUUUGGUGUCUUGCUUCUCCUAUUCAUUGGCUCUUGGUUAUACUGGGGAAUCCAAAAGAGGAAACAAACCAAACUCAAAGAAAAAUUCUUUCAACAAAAUGGAGGUAUUCUAUUGACACAAAAGCUCUCUUCACGGGAUGGAAAUGCAGAGAUGGCAAAGAUAUUUACAGAAGAAGAACUCAAAAAGGCAACCAACAACUAUGAUGAGAGUCGAAUCCUUGGUCGUGGUGGCUAUGGUAUAGUAUACAAAGGUUGUUUACCUAACAACAGGAUAGUUGCCAUCAAGAAGUCCAAAAUAAAAGAUGAAAGUCAAGUUGAACAAUUCAUCAAUGAGGUAGUUAUCCUCUCCCAAAUUAACCAUAAGAACGUAGUGAAGCUCUUGGGUUGUUGCCUAGAGUCCGAAGUUCCAAUGUUAGUAUACGAGUUCAUCACUAAUGGAACCUUAUCCCAUCAUAUUCAUGAUGAAGUGCAUAAAUCUUCAUUUUCAUGGGAGUAUCGUCUAAGAAUAGGUACAGAAACUGCAUUAGCAUUAGCCUAUUUGCACUCAGCAGCCUCACCUCCAAUCAUUCAUAGAGAUAUUAAAUCGGCCAAUAUACUAUUGGAUGAUAACUAUAUGGCAAAGGUGUCGGACUUUGGAGCUUCAAGAUUGGUUCCAUUGGAUCAAACUCAAUUUACCACACUGGUACAAGGGACAAUGGGGUACUUAGAUCCAGAAUAUUUUCAGACUAGUCAAUUAACAGAGAAGAGUGAUGUUUAUAGUUUUGGUGUAGUUCUUGUUGAAUUAUUAACCGGAAGAAAAGCACUCGAGUUUCAUAGACCUGAAAAAGAAAAGAAUUUAGCCACCUAUUUUAUUACUUGGAUGAAGGAAGGAAAUGUUUUGGAGAUUUUGGAGGAUAGAUUAUUGCAAGAAGCUAGCAAGGAUCAACUCCGACAAAUCACCAACCUUGCAAAGAGAUGUCUAAACAUGAAGGGAGAGGAAAGACCCACAAUGAAGGAAGUGGCAAUGGAACUAGAGGAGCUGAGGAUGCACAAAGAACAUCUAUCGUCUGAAAAUAAUGAUGAAGAAGCUAUCCAUUUGCUUAUUGGUGAGCCAUCAAAUUUGCAUAGUUGCAAAACUAGUGAACACCAUAGUAUAAGGGAUCAUGUGGUAAUUUCAUUAAACAGUGGACGAUGAUUGUUUAACUUUUCAAACUCCAUGGUCAUCUUCCUUGUUUAUAUUUUCAUAAGAAUUUCUGCUCUUUGU